AUGGAGGUAAAUAAUUCAAAAAAACUUGCAGCGGAGAAAUCUGUCCACAAGGAACAGGAACCGGGAGUGAUCAGCAAUGAUGUGCUCACGAAAGCCAUCGUCGAACAAGGUCACAAGGGUGAAGCUGGUCGAUUGGCACGCAUGGACGAAGUUCAACUGGAAUCCAUAACCGUCAUCCGACUGGAGUUUCAAAAUAUUCUGAAAAUUGAUCAUCUUUGGGUAUUGAAGAACUUGGAAAUUUUAUCGCUGGCAUUCAACAAAAUCGACAAAGUUGAAAAUCUGCAUCGGUUGACAAAACUGAAAGAACUUAAUUUAUCGUUCAACUUCAUUGAAAAAAUCGAGAACCUUGAUCAGCUAGUGCUGAUGCGCACGCUGUCACUGUUUGGAAACCGAAUAGAAAAAUUGGAAAAUUUGGAUCGGUUGGAGAAUUUAGUCAUUUUCAGUGCCGGGAAGAACAACAUCAAUACUCUGGAGGGACUGGAAAGACUGAGGUUUCUGAAAAAUUUGCGUUCUUUAAACUUGGCAGAGAAUCCGAUAGCCACGGACAAGAACAAACCUCUGAGACAGUAUUUGGCGUGUUUGUUGCCUCAUUUGAAAUACUAUCAGUAUGUUCUAAUCAAGCCAGAAGAACGAGAAUCAGGAAAGGAAUUGUUCACUCGUGAGCUGCAAGAUAUUCUUGAGAAUGAAAAGUUUGAGAUUAUCGAAAGGAAGCGGAUCGCAAAAGAGAAAGCAGACGAGGUUUACCUCUCGAAGAGUUUCGUUGAGCAUUUGAAUGGACAUCAAUUAUUUGAAUCGCUUUUUACCGGUGACCCGGACGGUGAAGCUCUGCUAGCCAUUGGCGAGGAUGCUCUUGAACUAAAAACUGAAUACAUGACCGAGGCGUAUACAUUCACGCAGCAAAUCUACAAGAUUGGCCUGGGGCAAUAUGAACGUCGCCAGCAGGAAAUCCAACUGUACAACCGCUGCAUCGAGAUGGAACGAAAGAAAGCACAAAAACUCGGUCAAGACAUCAUCAACCGUUUUUUGGAGGUCUACAACCGCUUGUGCCCUAAGGUGAAACAAAUCGUGACUGAUCUGAGUCGGGACACCCUCAAGCGGAUUGAGUCGGUUUUAUCGUCACCGUCGUCGGCGCAUACCAUCCAACCGUUUUUGGAUGAACUUGCGCUAGCCAAGGACGAAUUCAACUCCAUCUUCGAGGACUCGUGGCACACGCUGAUGAGCAUCGAAAUGCAGCUAUUCGAGCGAACUGAGGAGGGCAAUUCGAAUUUCGAAAACACCAUCAAAGAGAUGACCAAUGAGUUCAUCGAGCUAGUGCAGGCUCAGUUCGUGCUGCUACGUGAGGCAGAGAUUAACUUUAGCGAUGCGCUCAUCGGAAUCGUACAACAGUUUGUGACGUUCAAGGCGGCAUCCGGCUAUGCAGGGGAUAUUCCUGAGGCACUGCAAGAGUCACUAGACGACAAAGAUGUAAUAAGUAACCUGGCAGCCGGAAUGCGUGACCACCACAUGCAACUAAUUGAUGCUCGGGAAGACAAACUGAUCAAUAGGAGCCGCAACUGGGUCAGAGAACUGUGUGAUGGACUGCAGAAAUCGGAGAUCAAGCGUAAUCGUGCCAAAGUGCUCGAGAUCACUUACUUUUUGGACCACCACCGUCAGCUAUUCUAUGCUUUGAUUGAGGACGUCAUACCCGUCAAAGACGACAAAAAGAGAAUGAUUUCGAAAGUACAUUUUUCCGAUGAGUAA